GCCCUUAUAAUCACCGCUUUCCCCAAUCUUCACUCUCAGCCACAACCUAACCCCAUUUUCCCCCAAUUAUCUCACGGAGGAGAUAUGGCCAUUCCCUUGCCGGCCUCCGCCAACGGCACCGCGGCUCUCGCCCCUUUCGAUCCCUCCGCCCCUCCUCCGUUCCGUAUAGCCGAGAUCCGCGCCGCCAUUCCCCCCCAUUGCUGGGUCAAGAGCCCUUGGCGCUCUCUCCUCUAUGUUCUUCGCGAUUUAGCCGUCGUCUCUGCAUUGAUUGCCGUCGCCGUCUUCUUCGAUUCAUGGCUACUCUGGCCGAUCUAUUGGGUCGCUCAGGGCACCAUGUUUUGGGCCAUUUUCGUCCUCGGUCAUGACUGUGGCCAUGGCAGCUUCUCCAACAGUACUGCGCUUAAUACUCUCGUGGGUCUUGUUCUUCAUUCCUCCAUUUUGGUUCCUUAUCAUGGCUGGAGAAUAAGCCACAGAACCCAUCACCAGAACCAUGGAAAUGUCGAGAAAGACGAAUCAUGGGUUCCAGUACGUUCGUCAGUNUACAAGCAGCUGGAGAGAAGAACACGAAUCCUCAGAUUCACUCUACCUUUCCCCAUUCUUGCAUAUCCAUUUUAUCUGAUGUGGAGAAGCCCAGGAAAGGAAGGAUCUCAUUUCAAUCCAAACAGUGAUUUGUUUGCUCCAAAUGAAAGAAAAGACAUAGUGAUUUCAACCUCGUGUUGGGCAUUAAUGGCGGCUGUUCUUGUCUAUUUGUCCUUCGUGUUUGGUCCCUUCCAAAUCUUCAAAAUCUAUGGCGUCCCUUACUGGAUAUUUGUGAUGUGGCUGGACUUAGUGACGUAUCUUCACCACCAUGGCUAUGAACAGAAGCUGCCAUGGUACAGAGGAGAGGAAUGGAGUUAUUUACGUGGCGGCCUCACGACCGUUGAUCGCGAUUAUGGACUAUUCAACAACAUCCAUCAUGAUAUCGGAACUCAUGUCAUCCACCAUUUGUUUCCACAAAUCCCUCACUAUCAUCUCGUUGAAGCGACAAAGGCAGCCAAGGGAGUGCUGGGGAAGUAUUACAGAGAGCCAAAGAAAUCAGGGCCAAUACCAAUUCAUUUGAUAGAGAAUCUGGUGAAUAGCUUUAGAGAAGACCACUACGUGAGUGAUAAUGGCAAUAUCGUCUUUUACCAGACGGAUCCAUAUCUUCACCAUCACUAAAUAUUCAUUUCUCUUACAAACCUUAGUUGAGUUUAGCUCACCCUUUGUUCGCCUUAGUGUUGCUCUUCUUCUUGUAUUACCAACAUUAUCCUUUUUGAUCCCUUCCCAUCAAUUCAAAACCAAAAAGACAUCAUCCAAAUAAAAUUCGAUUCUCAUCUCUACUUUUAUCUA